GAAGCCCAUAAACAUUAUAAUGAAGAAGCUAAAGCAAUAUUAUGGCAAAGUAAUAGGCAAAUAGACCUACGAACAACUGGAACUUAUGCUUCAGCAAGUUUGCGUUUCUUUCAAGAUGUUACAAAAGUUUCUAGAAAAGCUAAAGAUUUAUCACAAGAAGAAGAUCAUUGGAUAAAAUCAGCCUACAUGGGAGCUUUAACAUGGGCUGAACUAUAUGAAGGAAUUGCAACUGAGCUAGAUUUCAAUGAAUUUUAUCCAAACAUUUUAGCUCAUGGAAGCAUAUAUUGGCCAAUAGGGGCAGAUGACGUAUGGCUCUAUUUAUUUCAGCAAGAGGAUGCAAAAUUAUAUCAGAAGAAAUUAGACCAUUAG